AUGCGGCCAGCGAUGAAAGCUCAGAAAGCGAGUUUACUCCGGACCGAAAUGCGCGAUACUAACCGGGAGUCCACCUGCUCCGAGCUCGAUUUCCCUUUCAAGCUGUGUGUUCUGCGGGGGCACGGCGAGUUGCAAGGGCUCAUCUUUCAGGACAGGCUGCAAAGGUCCUUUGAAGUCAUCCGCCCUGCUCUUGGCACCUUGCGCCUGGAGCUGAGCGCUUCCAAAAAUGACCCCUGCGCAUUCCGCUGGUGCAGUAGUGCAGCCCAUACAGUCGCGGUCCAGAGCAGGGGAGGCAGCAGGGCGUGCGACAGCUGGGAGAGCCGAGGCCCUGAGGGAGGACUCUGCCUCCAGCCAAGCAACCAGGCCCUGAGGCCCUCUCCCCACCUCUCUGUGGCCCUGGCUCAAGGAACCGGGACGGGGCUUUCAGGCCUUGAAGGGCAGACCUGCUCCACCAAACAUUCCCAUCGUUGGCAGAUGGAGGGCCCCGAGCUGGGCGCUGUGGAUGCCCUUCCAGAGAGACCUGCCAGACUGAGCCGCUUCCAUCAGCCAGACAUGAGAAUAAGGGUAUUUAGUGAGGAAAUUGCUUAAUCAUUUGCAGGCUAAGAGGAAAAACCGCACUGCACAACAACAUAUUUUAAUAGGAAGCACCAAGAUUUCUCAUCUUAAUGCUAACGACCGCCCGUUUAUAUUAGAUGAUCCCUGAGCGCCUCUCUUGUCUCCUUGAGUUCGAACCGUUAAGACCACCUGGACGGUAGGGAAAUCCUCCCUCAACGUGCAUUGCUCAUCUCGCCACGAGGGGGCGCUCCCAGAUCAGAGACAUGCGGCUGCCGCCCACCCGCCUCGCGGCCGCCACCUCCUGUGCAUGCAGCAUCUUCGCGCACCGGCCCAGAAGGCGGGGCCAGGGAUCUCCUGCCCCAUGAGGACACCCUGAGGUCCAGGUGCAGCCCUGAAGGCUAGAGCAAGGUCACUAUUGAGGAACAAGAUGUUGCUUGAGACGUCCCGGGAUCUCUCUGAAAACUCUGGACCUCUGGGAAGUCAAAGGGGACUGCACUGAGGGCCUACUAUGUGCCAGGGCUUUGUGUAACCCAAGUUAUUCACUCCACAAACACUGAGGGCCUGCAGAGGUGGCUGUCCAAGAAGGGAAGGAAGUUGAGGGUGAAGGAGGGAGCCUGACCCUCAGACCAGUUUCCCUGGCAGCCAGCAGAGCAUUCCGCAGCAUGUUGCCAAGCAAGAAAGUGGUCUCAGCUGUGCACUAGCUUCAGCCUGCUCCCAGGGGAGCUCUGGAGCGGGCACUGCACUACCACGAGGGCGUCAAAGGAGAAGUGUAUUGAUAUCCCAGCAGACCUCAAAAUCCUUUUUCAUCUUCCUGCUAUAACCAGAAUAUGUGCGCAAGCAGUGCAGGCGCUCUUCUUUUUAGAGUGCAACAAAUGAACUUCAACCCCUCUCGAGAAGUGAGUAAAGAGGCAGCCCUAGGACACAGAGACAGUGCAGUAAGGCUGCGGUGACUUAUCGCCCAGGAACCCACUGAUUGAGUAACUUUGGAUAAAGCCUCGAGCAAAGAUAACUGUUUAAAUGGCUGCGGCAGCAGAAAAAUCAGUUUGGCUGAUUGAUGUCCUGGGUUUCUUGUUAGUGGGUGGCUUCCAGCCAUGGCUCUGCCUCAGCUCCCAGAAUUACUCUAAUAAGUGAUUUGCUCAUCCCUAACUCUUCCCAGGGGGUGGGGAGAGGGAGCUGAAUCAGCCCUCUCACAACCCUGAUUUGGACUUAAUAGGGGACUAGUGGGCAUUGGUGCACUGGGGGCAAUGUAGGGAGAGAAGCAGAUUUGCCAGGCUUGGCAAAAAUAUCUGGCUCCUGCCUGUGGGUGUGGAGGGGAAAAUAAAGUCAGAAAAGAAGUGA